UUAGGCUCAGUUGACUCUAAGCAGAGCUUGUAACAGGAGUUGGUUGUGAGAGCAUGUGUGGAUUUCUCGAAAAUACACUUACAUUGUAAACUCCUGCAAUAUUAUUGCACAAAGUGAACCAUUUGGGAUUGGAUAUACUAUCAGAACUUAGCACAGCACAUGAGGAGGAGAGUGUUUGAUUGCGUGACAGCUGUGUUGAUGGUCUAGCAAUGCAUGAACAACCAUAACAGUCUCUAUUGUAGUGUGUUAACCUAGCUCACUGAUUGCCUCUGUCUUACCCCAGGACUAGCUGAAGGACCUACGCUAUGGAGAUAUUAUUACGUGUUCUUCUGGUGAUAUCGGCAGAGCUGACCCUUGUGGCCAGUUGGCCAGAUUGGCAACCAAACUCUGUUGUGAAGAUUGAAGAAAAUGAUGCAAGCUUGGAGAAAUUUGCUGGACGAAUUGAUGAAAUUGACCACUUUAGACUCCUGAUGUCUGAUGCCUCAUCCAUGUUGUUGGGAGCAAAAAACGCUGUACAUAAUGUCAGUCUCGCUGACCUAAAGGAAUUCUCGAGAAUAGACUGGGAACCUCAGGCAUCAGACAUUGAAUUAUGUACAAAGAAACAGAAGACGCCGGAACAAUGUCAGAAUUACAUUCGUGUCAUUGUGAAGAAAGAUAACAACAGGUUAUACACCUGUGGAACAAAUGCCUUCCGUCCCAAAUGUCGAACAUACAAGCAGAAUGGGCUCAGUGGAUAUGAACGAAUUGAGGAGCGAGAUGGUGUAGCCCAGUGCCCUUAUGAUCCUGAACAAAACAGCACAGCCAUUUAUGCAGGUGGCAAGCUGUACUCAGCUACAGUGUCUGACUUCUCCUCACGUGAUCCUUUGAUCCUGGAGACCAACAAGAUGAUCCGAACAGAGCAGUACGACUCUAAGUGGCUCAAUGAGCCCAAUUUUGUAAGUUCCUUUGAGAAACAAGACAAGAUAUAUUUCUUCUUCCGUGAGACUGCUGUUGAACAUAUCAACUGUGGCAAGGCUGUGUUUUCUCGGGUCGCUCGCAUCUGUAAGAGUGACGAGGGAGGCCAGAUGUUGCUGUACAACACUUGGACGUCCUUCUUCAAAGCCCGACUCAACUGCUCCAUCCCAGGGGAUUUCCCAUUCUAUUUUAAUGAAAUACAAUCAACAUCCGAUUUUGGAGAGGGAAACUUCAGACCAGUGAUUUCCUCCGGUAGUAGAUAUGACAUGGUUUAUGCUGUCUUCAACACACCACACAACUCCAUCCGUGGAUCUGCCAUCUGUGCAUUUAGAUACACUGACAUUGUCCAGACAUUUGAAGGCCGGUUCAAGGGUCAGGAGUCUGCCUGGCACAACUGGCUGGCCGUGCCCAGGGAGGAGACGCCUGCUCCCCAUCCUCAGAUGUGCUCCAAUAGUAGUCAGAGGCUUGAGGAUACAACCCUUAACUUCAUCAAGACCCACCCAUUGAUGGACAGUUCUGUCCCUGCCCUAGGUGGCGCUCCACUCUUCAUUCAGACAAGUUUCACGUCCCGCUUCACUCAGAUCGCAAUUGACUGGCAAAUCCGUGGAGUUGAUAAAUACCAUGACAUCAUGUUUAUCGGAACAGAUGAUGGAAGAGUCAUUAAAGCUGUAAAUACCCAAAAGGGUCCGAAAGACAAGAUCCACACCGUUGUUAUCGAGGAGAUCCAGGUCUUGAAGAAGAAUGAAACGAUUGUCAACCUCAAGGUGUACCGCCGUGAUGGUAAUGAAAAGUUGGUGGUCGUCUCCAAGGACAAUGUGGUCAGCAUCCCUCUCCAUCGCUGCAGCCACAAAAGCACGUGUCACUCAUGUGUCGGCCUUCAGGACCCUUAUUGUUCCUGGGUUGAUGGCCGGUGCUCCAACACCAACAGAGGACUUCAGAGUGUCACAACUGGCAAAUCUUCCGGCUGCGGCGUGGAGAUCCUUGACGGACCCAAUAUGGCUUCUACAAAACAACCCGCUCCCAAGACAACCUACCCUGAAGCUAAAUAUGACGGAGGUCGUAUUGAUGCCACUCAUCAAGAUCCAUCAGGAGUUAAUACAGCGGAAACCCUUGCUAUCGCAAUCGUUGUCUCCAUCGUCCUUUCAAUGCUCGUCGGAUUCCUCAUCGGUUAUAAAGUAAGCUCGUGCAGAGCAUCACGUGACAUAGACUCUCCAUAUCAUGAGCGCAACAUCUCUCUGAGCAAGAGAUCCAACAGACUUUCUUCAGGGGACCAUACGUAUUUCACACCAGAAAAUCCAUACAACAAAAGUUUUAGUUACGUUGUGAACGUUAAAACACCUGGGAAAUUAAAUACAAGUGUGGAAACCAAACCAGUGACUAAAUCCAACAAGGUUUACUUAUAGCAAGCGGGAAACAAACAUUGACUCAUGUUUUCUGUGGUGCUGGGCUUGUGCUGGCCUAGGUCAGCUAGAAAAGCAUAUGGUUCUGAGUGAAAACUUUGACCAACCAGCAAGUUUGAGAUGCCCACACACCUGAUGAGGCGACGUGGUGACCUCUACUGAUGCGGUAGCUGGGCUACAGGCCAUCAAGAAAUAGUGCUAACAGCCCCAUGGCAACCUCAUGGGCAGGUCCUGUGUCCUGGACAAACUUUUAAUUUCCUUCAGGUGUAUUCCUAAUAGCCAACGUUAUGCUUAGUUCAUUGCUGGUCUAGUAACUGUGUAUUUUGGCUAUGCAAUCAUGCUAUCUUCCAGGAACACCUACAGUGUUGUGCUGAAACUUUAACUCGUGUCUGGUGAAACCAAGAGACAGAAUGGCGACUUGUGUUGUAUCUGCAAUCAAACUGUUUGCAUACAUUCCAAGCACUGUGCAAUACAUUAUGGGAAAAUGGACCAAUAUUCUGAAAUAUAUUUAUGUGUAAAUCAGAAAGAAGUCAAGACAUGCUAUAUUGAUACCAUGUUAUCAGACAUUUGGUUCACUGUGGUUAUCAGAAACAGAACUUCUCUGUGUGAGUCAAACAUCGAAUGUUCCAUGAGAUGUCGGCUUGCACUGAGGGAGAUAGUGAUCUCACAAACAUUCAAAUUAAAGCAUCUAAAUUGAUACAAUGCGAAAGUAUUUGUGGACGAUACUCAAUUAUGUGCUCAAAAUUGUCAUACGGUGCUGAUGUCGUCAAGGUAACCAGUGGUUACCAUGGCAAGGAAGGUCACAAGUUACCAAAUUUUCAUCAAGAAGCAGGGAUAUAGCUUUAGUUAUGAAUGCAGAGCUAAGUGUUUUUCUGUGAAACGAUAAGACAAGUCUUAGUAUUACAGUGCUUGUAGUAGUAGUCAUCCCUGCAUCUUAUUGGUAUCAUGGAAUUAAUUAACCCUGAUUCCAGCACAUGUUUCUCAUGCCAUUUUCAAAGUGAACACUUCAACAAUGAGGUGCAUUUAGCAGUUAUCCAUCUUGAAUAAUCAUGUGACAUCAAACUCUUGGAGCAUAUCACUUAAAUCUCAAUGGUUGUUACCUGUUCUGUACAGUACUCAAAUUAUCUAUGUAUAUAAAAAAAAUAUACAAUCACAUGUUUAUAACAGUUGGUUCAACAACAAGCUUCAAAUAUUUUUUUGGAUCUACAUUCUUCAAAAUCACAUUUUAUUAAUUAAUCACAUAAGUCAUUUGUUCCUGAAUUGUUAUCAAUGAUGUUUUAGCAUUGUUGCUUGAUAAAGACUGUUUGAAUCAUGUUGAUGAAACCAAUACUUAUAUAUUCAGUGUAAGUGUUCCUACAACCUACAAGUAUUGACUGUACAUAAAAGGACUACAUCGUGAGUUUAGCAAGGCCAGUGAUAGUUGUUAGCCUUAGAGGCAUUAUUCUUCCACAGAUGUCAUCUUUUUGCUUGAUAAUAUUCUAGGAGUUUAUGUUUUCCAACACCCCCUUGGGACCAUUUGUCGAAUUUUAAUAUAAAACAAUUUUUAUUAAAAAAAAAUAUAUUAUUUAAAAAAAAUGUUUUAUUUAUUUUAAAUAGUAUCUUUAAAAACAAACAAAUUUUUGGUCACAAGGUAUAGGUAUAUAUUUCAUUUGUUUUCUCACAUGUUCUGGGAGCACCUGACUAAGGUAAACAUUGCGUCACCGUAGCGACGCUCCCAUAUUGACGGCUAUGUUGACACUAUGGGUAGCUCCCCAAAGCGAGUCACAGUUUACCAAAUAGGCCUCUGAGCACUUACAUUUGGCUUUCAAAGAGGAUUGCCCACAUUUCCACCUGCAAAUUGUAGUCAGUCCCAAGUGACACUAGUGUGAGAGAAUGAAUGGAAUCAUUAUACUGUUAUAUUCAUAUCUGGGUCAAUGCAUUAUACACGUUUUAUACAACGAGGCAUACUGAUAUCAUUUCUCCUGAUCUGGAUUAGAAUGUGUUUUUUAAUGUAUUUAAUUCAUGAAUAUUCAUAUUUUUGUUAAGAAAGAGGUGUGAAAGAAUUUUAUGAUCUAAAAUUAGAAUUAUUAAUUUAAUUUCUUCAAAAUUGAUAUAAAAAUCAAUGAAGCAUACCAAAGUAUGUUUAUUACAAGAUCUCUCAACCAAGAAAACCAUGCUUGACAAGACAUAAUAAAAGAAGGGAAGAGCUCAGAAGUUUAGCUGAAUAAUCAAAAUUACAUAAUAAUUGGGCGACAUUUUUAUGUUUUUAAUCAGAAUAUUUAUAGGGCAAUGCUGUGGUUGUUUUGUGUACAAAUGUAUGUACAGCCUGAAACAUCAUACCUCAUUCUUGUGUACACACAAGGGUUGAGGCCUGAUGUUAUGGGCUAAGUUAAAGGGAGCCUACUAUGCUUCUGUAUGAUAUUACAGCAACUGUGAUGGAUUGCCAAAGAUUUUAAGAAUCAGUUGUAUAGUUGUCACAUUUAAUCUUCCAUCUUUUCUUCCAUGAAAUAUUGUGUCAUUUUAUUUCAUUGUAAAUAGUGUACAGAACAUCAUUAUGCCAUGUUGUCUUGUAUAAAUGCUAACAAAUAUUAUUUUUUUACCGCUUCAUGUCUGUUAAUAAUGGUAUUGAAUGCAGAUUGCAGUGUUGACAGUGAGGUUAGAACAGCUGGAGCAGCUCAGUAGGUCAGGGGUUGGGGGUGGGGCGGUGGGGGUGGUUCCGUAGGGAGAGGACAUGGUUGUACUUUAGGAGUUUUUGGAUGCACUAUUGGGGAAUGUAAAUAUCUGUCUUUGAAAGGGAACCUUCGGUUGGCUAAAUUGGAUAAUUGUAGUUAUUGAAUGUAACUGUGAGAUUGGCAGUAUUGUUGACUUCUAAAUUUAGAUUAUUUUUUCUUAAGAAUUCAUUGUUCGCAAUAUAUGAUAUAAAUUUGAAAAAUAUCUGAAAAUGUUAAUUUUGAAAUUUGAUACUAAAAUGGUAGGAUUGUGAUAGGGUGUAAGGGGGAGAGUAAGGCUGACUUGAGCUGCGCUAAUGUAGAAGGUGCUCAACAGUAUUUAUGACAAACCAUUCCAUAACAUUAUGAUGGAAAGACGACUAAUGAGAAAAUGAAUAGAUAGAACAAGAGACACAGAAAAUUCGAAUUUUCAUGACGCUUUUAACUUGAUUUUAGACUUUACUUCCGCUUUUUGAGAGAAACUGUAUAAUUUUACAGAAAUAGACCAUAAGGAGACUAGAAUUCGUGUUUUUAGUUUUAAAGGAGCUUUAACAGUGAAUGAGGUUGUACUUGUACUUGAGCUUGGUGUUGAUGUAUAAAGUGUAUUCUGUAAUGUGAUAUAGCUGCACUGCCAGUGUGUGUAUAUAUGUAUAUUUGUCCAGUGUCAUGUGCAUAGUAAAAUGCAAUGGAAUGACACUAACGAACUAAAUAAAACAAAAAAUAAUUAAUAUAA